CCGCUUACAACGUAUCCCCGAUCGACCCAUCCAUAUCACACUUUCUUCGGACGUCCAACAUUGCGCAGAACGGCAAUUGACUGUCAUCUAUCUGAAUAAGCGAGAACUUCUAUCACAGUAGUCUCAGUUCAUCCCAGUUCUUUCAAAGCUUUUCUCAAUCUCAGUGUCAUUUCUCAGUACUCAUUUGCAAUUAUUUUCCCUAAUUUUUGACGGGCUUUUCAUCGACAUCUCAAUCCUAUCAACUUUUCCUUGACAUUCGUACACAUCUCACUUCUCACGUUCAUCACUUUCCGUUAGCUUUCGUCAUCCCAAUCCAUCAGAAUGUCCAAUCCCCCCUUCCAAAGACAACAACCCUCGUCGCCCUUAACUACGCCCAACCACCACCCUUCUAACCAUCAGCACCAUGCAUCACGUAAACCCUCCAUCGUGGAAUUGUUGAGCUCGCCACCUCCCUUGCCCAACAACACCAUCGAUGACGAAAUCCACCAGUUCAGCUUGUCCCGCAACACGUCCAUAAGCUCACGGACUUCGUCUUUCAGUCAACAGCAGCACGGUGCUCCACAUCACGGCUCUAAUUCCCACCAUUUGUCGGUAUCAGGUAUGGACUGGUCGGAGAUCCCUUUGAGCGAAUUGACCGAGUCCAACAAAUUGAUCUAUAUCAAUUCGUCUUACUCGGUGCAAAAAGCAUUCGAAACGUUGGUAUCAAACAACUUGACCUCGGUGCCUGUCUCAAUUUCGUCCUCUAAUGAAAACGAUUUAAGUAGCUGUUUGACGUUUGACUACUCAGACUUGAACACAUAUCUCUUAUUGAUCAUGAACAAGAUCAAUCUCAGUGAGCUUUCUGUCAGUGAGAUAGGCAAUGAACACGACUCUACAGCCAAGAAGCAUGAGAUCAUCACCCAGACAAUCAACAAAGCCAAAAGAGGAGAAGAAGUACCCAUAGAAUUCAUCAUCAAACUUCAUCCAAAAAACCCCUUCAUAAAGUUUACGGAAAACGACACAUUGUUCAAGGUGAUGGAGACAUUGGGUAACGGAGUUCACCGUGUAGCCAUCACCAAUCUUGAGUCUACCAAGAUUACAGGAAUAUUGUCGCAAAGAAGAUUGAUAAAAUACAUGUGGGAGAACGCCCGGAGAUUCCCCUCGCUUGACUUUUACUUGAACUCUACAUUGCAAGACUUGAAGAUCGGCUCCAGUACCCCCAUAUUCAUCUACGAAGACCAGUUAUUGAUCGAAGCCUUAUACAAGAUGUUCAACGAAAGAGUAAGCUCCUUGGCUGUCAUUGACAGAACAAAGUCACUUAUCGGCAAUAUAUCUAUUGUUGACGUCAAGAACGUUUCAAGCUCCAAGAACUCUCACUUAUUGUUCAAGUCAGUGUUGACUUUCAUCAGCUACAACUUGAGCCAGAAAGGCAUUGAAGAGGGCCAAGACCAGUAUCCUAUCUUCCAUGUCAACAAGCAGAGUUCGCUAGGCAGAGUCAUUGCCAAGUUGGUGGCUACGCAAUCACAUCGUUUGUGGAUUGUGGAGUCCAACACAAGAACUCACCAAAACUCCAUCUCAUCGCCUGUCACUAUUGAAGCAACUUUGAAUGUUAGUGCCAACCCUUCGUCAGCAUCUUCUUCUAAUGCAAACACUCCUGAAGGUAACUUCGGUUUACCAGGAAAAUUAAUUGGUGUCGUCACCUUGACCGAUAUCUUGGGAUUGUUUGCUACAUCUAAAGGUACCAAGACCGAUCCACAAUUCGCGAGAAACCAAAGAAGAAGAUCGUCUACUUCAACUACGCGCUCAUCUAUAGACAGUGCUAUCAGUGUAGGUGACGGAAGCGCCAGAACAACCAAUGCCAAUGCUGACCUGGAGAUCUUCCGCAAAUCGUACACUGCCGCUGCAAAGAAUGAAAGUGCCAUUUCCAAGGACUAGAGAAAGAACUGAUAGCAUGGCAGAAUCAGCUCAAUCCAUGUAUCAGUAGUUAUUCUCUAUCCAUAUUGUUCUACAGUUUAUUUAUAUUUAUUAUUUACCAAUUCUUAUAAAUGCAUAAACCAUACAG